UGGGGCAGACCUGUCGAGCGAGCCGGCAGCAAAAAUAGAAAUUAUCUACAAAUCUAAAAUAAAUCUAGACUCAAGUGAAAUAUGGCCAGCGUUGUGGAACUACUCAGCCUUACUAACCCCGUGUUCAAGAGCUAUGUGUUCUGGACCGGCGUUCUGGUUCUCAAAAUGCUGUUCAUGAGCGUCCUCACGGCAAUGCAGCGCUUCAAGACGAAGACCUUUGCCAAUCCCGAGGAUCUGUUGUCGCCCAAGCUGAAGGUGAAAUUCGACGAUCCCAAUGUGGAGCGUGUGCGCCGCGCCCACCGCAACGAUCUGGAGAACAUUGUGCCCUUCCUCAUCAUCGGCCUGCUCUACACGCUGACGAACCCCAGCGCUUUCCUGGCCAUCAAUCUCUUCCGUGCCGUGGGUAUUGCCCGCAUUGUCCACACCCUCGUCUAUGCCGUGGUCGAUCCCCAGCCGGCGCGCGCCCUGUCCUUCUUUGUGGCAGCCGGUGCCACCGUGUACAUGGCAUUCCAAAUCAUGGUGACGGCUGCCUUUUAAUAAUUAGAUUU